AUGUCGAUUCCACAAGAAGCAGUACACAACGUCUUGAAUCAUGUUCUACCUCAUAUUCAACGCCACAUUCAAUGCCAGUCACCGACCUCAACAAACCCGCGACCAUUUAUCCUAGGUUUGACAGGCCUCCAAGGCAGCGGGAAAUCGACAUGGACCGAUGCGCUUGUGAAAGAGCUAAGACAAACCCACGGCUUCAACACAACAAAUUUGUCACUCGAUGACCUGUACCUUGAUCACGACGAUCUGGUCCAACUUCGCACGGCCAAUCCAUCCAACAAACUGGUCCAAGCACGAGGCCAACCGGGAACACAUGACAUGGCUCUUGCGCGCUCUUUCUUCGAAAGCUUAAGCACUGGCUCGGAGAUACUUAUCCCGUCAUUUGACAAGAGCAAGUUCAACGGCGAGGGCGGGAGGACACCAAAAGAGACAUGGUACCGUGUUCCCGCUGGAACAGCGAUUGAUGUUGUUGUUUUUGAAGGCUGGUGUGUUGGAUUCCAGCCUCUGGAUGAAACGGCUCUACGACAACAGUGGGAGGAAGGGCUAAAGAAGCAGACUGCAUCGGAAUACCCAACAGAAACUCUGAAGGGUCAUGCCGUUGAACACUUGCUGGAUGCGAACAUGCAGCUGCGCGGCUACUGCGAUCUUUUCAUGGGACCGCAGCACUUGGAUUUCCUCGUUCAUUUGGAUACCAAUGACCUGGUCAAUGUUUAUCGGUGGCGGAUGCAGCAGGAGCAUGCUCUCCGCGCGCGGACGAAUGAGAGUAUGACGGAUGAGCAGGUUAUCCAGUUUGUGAAAGGGUAUAUGCCGGCUUAUGAGCUGUAUCUUGACCAGUUGAGACGUGGCUUUUUCGAUUUGAGCGCACCCAAUUCCGAUAACAAGGGCCAGUUGCGAGUUGUUUUGGAUCAGGAUAGGACAGUAGUUGAUAUUGAUUUGUAUUAG